GUUUACUUUCACUAGUUCUGCAGUUCGUGAUACAGCAAUACGUCAGGAAGCUGAACGGGGAUUUGGCUCGCUAACAACACGCUGGGAACAUGAGACUCGUGAUCCUAGAGGACUACGACCAGGCCAGCGAAUGGGCCGCCAAGUACAUUCGGAACCGGAUCAUCCAAUUCAAGCCCAGCGCGGACAGAUACUUUACUUUAGGGUUACCCACAGGAAGCACUCCAUUUGGCUGCUACAAAAAGCUAAUUGAAUACCAUAAAAGUGGAGACAUCUCAUUCAAGUAUGUGAAAACAUUCAACAUGGAUGAAUAUGUUGGCCUUCCCAGGGAUCACCCAGAGAGCUAUCACUCGUACAUGUGGAACAACUUCUUCAAGCACAUCGACAUCGACCCUGCCAAUGCCCACAUCCUGGAUGGCAAUGCUGCCGACCUACAGGCGGAGUGCGAGGCCUUCGAGCGGAAGAUCGCAGACGCCGGCGGAAUCGACCUCUUCGUCGGAGGUAUUGGGCCCGACGGCCACAUCGCUUUCAAUGAGCCUGGCUCCAGCCUUGUCUCCAGGACCAGGGUGAAGACCCUCGCCAAAGACACGAUAUUGGCCAACGCCCGCUUCUUUGGCAAUGACCUCUCCAAGGUACCCACAAUGGCUCUGACAGUUGGAGUCGGAACGGUGAUGGACGCAAGAGAGGUGAUGAUUUUAAUCACUGGGGCACACAAAGCCUUUGCCCUCUACAAGGCCAUAGAGGAAGGAGUGAACCACAUGUGGACCGUAUCGGCGUUCCAGCAGCACCCCCGCACUAUAUUCGUGUGUGACGAGGAUGCCACCCUGGAGCUCAGGGUAAAGACGGUCAAGUAUUUUAAAGGGUUGAUGCAUGUACACAACAGACUUGUGGACCCAGUGCACAGCAUGAAGGACUACAAGAACUGAGAGAGCAUCCUGAAUCUUGCAAUGGACAGGAGACCGAGAAAUUAUUUUGUUUUCUUUAAUGGCCUGUGCAUAAUCUCAGCACAGUGGUAGCGAAAAAUGGUGAGGUCAAGACUAUUUUUUUGUACUGUAUUUUUACCUACCUUAGAAGAGGAUGGAGUAGGUCACUGUGCAGAUAGCAAUCAAAGAUGUGUACUUCUGAGGCUUGUGAGUCCCCCACAAGGCCAGAGUCUUCACUUCAAAGCUUUUCUCCCACCUUUCUGUGUGCCUGCAAAGGGAUCCUCGAGGGAUGCCGAAUUUCAGCCUUUCAUGUAACUGUCUAGAGUUUAAGGGAAGUUGGGAGGAUUCUCUGGUGACCGCAAACCUAAGGAGCACAUUUGGCUGAACUCAAGCAUUUAUCAGUCAUGAUUGCAGAGGUCACCUGCCUGAUGUGCGCUGGGUAUAGCCAACCAUGAAUUUUACUUAUCAUAAUACUUACAUACAUUUUCCAGAGAAUGUAAUGUUAAUCCACAUAUAUUUGCCACAUAUAUGUGUUAACUGUUCGUAGUAAGGACAAUUAUUGGUCAUUUUUCAGGGAGCAACUCUGGGUGUCCUUUAAAAAGUGAUUUGUCCUCACCUAAGUGUCUUUGGAGAUGUGUUGCCAUUGAGGUCAUUGUUUCUGCACAUUCCUUUCUCUUUGCUUUUUUUCUCCAUUCCCUGCCCAGGCUUGCUUUCUCCAAAUCUUCCCUUUCCUUGCACUUUAAACUGAUGGCAGUAAACAGCCAAACAAAGACAAAGCACUUCCACAGCCCUCCCACGGUCUGAUAUGCCUAGUUUACAUGCGAUUUUCUGCCAGUGUUGCUAUAGUGUGACAGAAAUGUUAGAAUGUUACAUAUUGAUGAAACAGUGAUGGAGCUGGAUGUAAUCAGAAUGUUGUAUGUUCGUAGAGUGUUCUUUGGGUACUGUUACACACAAAGCAAGUAACAGCAUGAACAUGUUCUCUUCCUCUAAGCACACCAAAUUUGUUUUGUACCUUUUCAAAACCUUUUUCUAUCAGAGGUGGUAGGUUCUUUAAAUAGUUGCCAAUUUAACAGUUACUGCAUUUGUUUAAACUGACCCUUUUGUUAUUAU